AUGGCAAUAAAAAAGAGAAAAAUCAACAUAUUACUACUCGGUGAGACCGGUGUAGGAAAGUCCACAUUUAUAAAUGCCUUCGUGAAUUACCUCAAAUUUGAUACGUUAAAUGAUGCAAAAAUUGGAAUUCUGGAAGUUCUUAUCGCAUCCAAAUUCUCAAUUAUGGAAAAUAACUUUGACAUAAAAACAAUACAAAUUGGAGAUGAAGAUACAAACGAGAAACUAGAUACGGUAGGAAUGUCUGCCACACAAGGAUGUAAAAGUUACGUAUUUAAGGUUAAUAACAAGUUCAUAAGGUUGAUCGAUACUCCGGGAAUAGGUGACACUAGAGGAAUAGAUCAAGACAAGAAAAAUUUUGAUAACAUUCUAAAAUAUAUCGGAUAUUACAAGUAUCUUAAUGGAAUUUGCAUUCUUCUUAAGCCAAACCAAUCACGUUUAAAUGUAGUAUUUAAAUUUUGUAUUCAAGAAUUGUUAUCACAUCUUCACAAGAGCGCAAAGGACAAUAUUGUCUUCUGCUUCACCAAUGCUAGAGGAACAUUCUAUCGUCCAGGGGAUACAUUACCAGCACUAAAAUCACAACUAAAUGAGCUCAAGAAAAGUUCUGGUGUCGAAAUAAAAAUCAACAAAGAUACGAUGUAUUGCUUUGACAAUGAAUCAUUUAGAUUUCUAUCAGCAAUCAAGGGAGGAAUAUCUUUUACAAAAGAUGAUGAAAAAAGUUUUGCAGAAAGCUGGGAAAGAUCAGUGAAUGAAUCGUUUAAACUCGUGUCGUAUCUUACAUCGAUAACUCCUCACAAAACAAACGAUACUUUAUCGUUAAACCAUGCUAGAAAAAUAGUGUUACUUCUUUGCGAACCUCUUGCAAAGAUAGGGCAAAACAUCCAUACAAAUAUUAGUCUGAUAAGAGAUCAGCAAAUAAUGAUCGAAAACUCCAGCCAAUCCAUAGAGCAGCUUGAAGAAAGGUUAUACAUACCACAUAUUGACCUUGUUUCAAAACAGUUGGGUCAUCCAAGGACUGUAUGCACUAGCUCAAAAUGUAUUGACAUCUUGAAUCUUGGAGAGACAAAUUCAAAAAUAGUUAAUCACAAGACACAUUGUCAUCCACACUGUUAUUUGAGCAAUGUUGAACCUAAUGUAUUAAAUAAUCCAGCAUUGCUAGAAUGCUUUGUCAUGAGCGAUGAAAUUUGUAGAAAUUGCGGCUGCAGAUGGAAUAAUCAUAUGCAUGUAAUGAUCGAGCACAAGGAAGUUAUCAAAAAGAUCGUUGAUAAAAAUGUAGAAAAUCAGAUCAGUGAAAAGAAAUCGGAUCAAGAGAAAAAGAAAGCAGUUAUAGAAGAUAAACAAAAACGAAUCGAUCAGCUAACAAAAGAACAACAGGAAAUAACAGAUAUUAACGUCAAAUUUGCACAAUUUUUAAGUCAGAGCGCGAUAGCCAUUUUCAAUAAUGCAUAUCUGGACUACCUAGAUCAUUUCAUUGAACAAGAAAAACUUAAAAAGUGUGCCGAUCCUGAUAAUUAUGAUGACAAAAUCCUCAAAGGAAUUAAAACUUCAAAAAAAGAAUACAUGGAAAAGAUAGAAAUUUUAAAGAAAGCAAUUGCGAAAAAGGAUCCAACGGUUCAACCAGUCUCUCCAGAAGAUGUUUUCAAUCUCGAACAACGAUUGUAUACUCUACCAAUUAACGGUCAAACACUAAAAAAUAUAAAAGAUGAAGCGGAACGUAGCGUAAAUAAUUCAUUCAAAUAUAGAGAAAAGUGCUAUUCAUUUUCAGGUGAAGGAAGUUUUAUGACAAGAGUUAUAAGUGUUAUAAGUUUUAUACGAUCUUUUAAUCCAUUUAAUUUUUUAUAA